GAAGGCCGAGGACCGAUUUGACCACCAUGUAUUAUCAGCGAAAAUUAACGGUUACGGAGAAAUUUACUAAAAGCGAAAUCGUGUAGUCUGUUAUGAGUGUACAGUAUCUCCGCUUGCAUAAGAAAGCAACUUUGUUAGGGAACACAUAAAAUGGCGCGUAAACUCAAGUCGUAUACAAUCUAUGGGUAAAUAAACAGGUGGUGUUGUGUCCUCGGAUAUUAUUCAGUUACACAUCGCAACUCGCCACAGGCGGUCCAGUAUACGUGUGAUCUUUGUUUGGAAAUAAAUAAUACGGAUAGCUGCGUCAAGUUAUAUCAUGCCCUAGCUCACAAUAGUGACAGAAUGUCUUGUGACUUAAGUUGUUUGGUCUUGCGGGCGCGCGCGGCCAGUGCGUUCCGCUCGGCCGCCGACGCCGCACUUGACAUUUUCCCUUGUAAGUGAUUGCAAAUGGUUUUUCCCAAGCUCGUGGCGAACUAACCUGGAUUUGUCUUUAAGAAUUGAGUUCGAGUGCUAAAAGCUGACGAAGAUGUCUGGCGGAACAACAGGCCCGCUGUUGUACUCGGUGGGCGCGGCCGUGCUGGGCAUGCUCCAAUUCGGGUUCAACACGGGCGUAAUCAACGCGCCGCGCGCUUUCAUCGAGACUUUCAUCAAAGAACAGCACCAGGUUGACGCCGACCGAAGCUCCUUUCUGUUCAGCGUCAUUGUCUCCAUCUUUGCCGUAGGCGGCAUGAUCGGUUGUCCGUUAGCUAGCUGGGUUGCGGAGAAGCACGGACGCAAAAAUGCUUUACUCAUGAAUGCGGCAUUCGGUGUCGUCGCCGCAGCUCUUAUGGCCUUUAGCAAACUUGCGGGUUCAGUGGAAAUGAUCAUAAUUGGCAGAUUCCUCAUAGGAAUCAAUUGUGGCUUUGCCACGACUGCCUCGCCGACUUACGUGUCUGAAGUGGCCCCGCUGAGACUACGCGGCGCGUUUGGUACAGUUAAUCAAUUAGCAGUCGCUUUCGGUCUAAUUUUCGCACAAAUUCUAGGAAUAGAUGCCAUAUUAGGCAGUGAUGAAGGUUGGCCGUGGCUUCUAGGGUUUGCGUUAAUUCCCUCCGGCCUGCAAUGCAUGAUGUUGCCUUUCGCUCCCGAAACACCAAGGUUUCUUUUGCUUACGAUCCGUGAUGAACAAAAAGCUAGGGUGGCGCUUGUUAAAAUUCGAGGCAACCCUGAAAUCGACAACGAGAUCAACGACAUGCACGCGGAAGAUAGAGCCGAAAGACAAGAAGAGAAAUUUACCAUAUGGGGCUUGGUCACCGACCGAUCUCUGCGAACUCCGCUCAUAAUCGGUAUAGUCAUGCAUUUAUCACAGCAGUGGGGAGGUAUCAACGCUGUUUUGUAUUACUCUUCUACUAUUUUCGAGGGUGCCGGCCUCGAGCCCAAGGACGCUCGCUUAGCUUCCAUCGGCGUCGGCAGUAUGUUGUUCAUCAUGGCGCUGGUGUCUAUUCCGCUGAUGGACCGACUGGGCCGGCGCACGCUGCAGCUAGGCGGCCUAGCUGGCAUGACCGUGUUCUCAGUUCUCAUGACGAUAGCGUUCUUCACCUACGAGGGUAACAAAACAAUGAGCGUAUUCGCUGUUAUCUUCACGCUGUUAUACGUCGCGUUCUUUGGCGUGGGGCCGAGCUCGAUCCCGUGGAUGAUCCUAUCGGAGCUCUUCGGGCAGUCCGCCCGCAGCGCGGCAGUCAGCAUCGGCGCGCUCGUCAAUUGGUUUGCCAAUUUCAUUGUGGGCAUAACGUUUAUAUCGAUGAAAGAUGCACUUGGACACUAUGUAUUUUUGCCGUAUACGGCAUUUCUUAUAUUGUUCUAUAUAUUCACGUAUUUUAAAUUGCCUGAAACAAAGAACAGAACUAUCGAGGAAGUAACGGCAUUUUUCAAGAAGUAAAUCUGAGUCGAUACUACUUAGUUUUAUGACACAUUCCUUAAUGUUGCCCAAAAUAUAUUGUAAAAAGUUUAAUUACACUAAAAAUUGUGAUAGCUCCUAAAUAAUUGUAAGCAAACCUUCUUUUGGUUAUGGGUAGCUCUAUGUAUAGGCACAUAUGCUGUAUUCAUUCUUGUCCUGGCGGUCAGCGCGAGUCUAAAGGAGUAACAAUUAAUCGAUGUCAGCUUUUCACCACUGACGAUGACCGUUAAGUACGGACUAAGGCGAGCCGUAGAUUAGACAGUGGCUUUUGAUACAAUUUUCUGGCAGCCGCGGUUAUCGAUUUUGCAUAAUUUUUAAGAAGACUGAACAUCUCACUUAUUAUAAUCAUUUAUACCUAGAUCUACCUACUUGAUAUUUGAAAAUACUAAGUACUUAUUCGAGUUUAUUUUUAGUAAUUGUAAGGAGCACAUAUUUAUAUAGGUAAAUAAUGUAAACUAUAGCUAGAUGCAGUGACCCU